GGAGAAGGCUGAGAACCAUCCACGGACUCUCCGGCAACCGACCCACACGGAACAGCCGCUACCACCACCGCCAGCAUGAAGAUGGCCGUCUGUACUGCCCUUCUGGGGCUGGUCCUUCUCGGCUGCCUUUCUGAUCUUGCUGUUGCUCAAAGACGGGCCUCCUGCAGCGCCUACAUGCUGUCUGGAAAAACCAUGAACAUGGUCUGUCCCCGCAACUACGACCCGGUGUGUGGCACCAACGGCCGUACCUACCCCAACGAGUGCUCCCUCUGCAAGGAUGUCCUCCGCAACCGUGCUCUUGACAAGAAACACGAUGGAAGAUGCGUUAGGAUCGACUGUACUGGUUUCCUGAAGCCUGGCAGUGGUUUCAACAUACCCUGCACCAUGGAGUUCUCCCCCAUCUGCGGCACCAACGGCAUCACCUACAGGAACAAGUGCCACUUCUGUACCGCUGUGGCGAGCGGCCUGGAUGUGAACCUGCGGAGCUAUGGACAGUGCUUCCAGCAAAACACAAACACAAACAUCGACUGCAGCUCUCAGAAGGGCGCCAACCUCAUCUGCACCUCCGAGUACAACCCCCUGUGCGGCUCCGACGGCAGAACCUACGGAAACAAGUGCCAGUUCUGCAACGCUUUCUCACGCAGCGCUGGCUCUCUGUUUGUCAGGUACCAGGGCGAAUGCUAAGUGCUGGAGCUGGACCCCUCAACACGACAUUUCCCUCACAGAUUCUUCAAUCAAACAUGCUCUUCCUUGCUCCCUCAACUGUUACG